GGGCUCAAACUGACUGAAACAAACACUAGAGUGCACUUUUGACAUCCCGCGUCUGAACGCUGGCUCUCAGAUUAUGGCCUGUUUGGUGCCUGCCGGUGUGAUUUCCACCACUACCCUUCCGCAUUUUCCUGCUGCUCUCGGGCUGUGACGUGUCGUGCUGACGGCGGCCUCGGAGCUGGAGGAGCGGGGGGCUGUAGCAUGACAAGAUCUGGCUCCAGACGUCCUGCUUUGCUUUCAGCAGAGCUCCAGAAACAACCCCUAACCCCUCCUUCUCGGCUCUUCUCCGGCCCGCCCAAAUAACACAAAAUUCCCGACUGAUUCCAGCCCGAGUCUGGGGGAACCAGGCGGCCUGGGAAGCCGAGGAGCGGACAGAGGCCAUCCCUGCAGCAUUAAUCGGGUACGCGGGUCUUUUUUUACCCUAGUGGGACCUGUUUCGAGGGUUAUGUCUUCAUUUUACCGAGCGGGGUUGUCUUUGUUUUUGCAUGCAUGCGGUGUUUGAUUUAUUUCUUUAUUCUCAUUGAGAGGCCGCAGAGGGUUGGGCCUUUUCUUUUCAGGCCCAGGCCCUUUAUCGAGGCCGUGACGGGUAAGCCAGGCCUAUCCGGUUAGCUAGCUGAAAGAAGCGCGGUUUUGUUUUUUUCCGUUAGCUUACAUGCCACUAAGUUGUUAUCAACUUAACCAUAUAGCGUGUUGUUACGCUCACAUGUGGCACAAAUAAGUCCCUCUCUCCGCCGCAGAGGUUAAUUUCAAUCAGUGUGGAGAUUAGCAUUCAGUCGGACACCAAGCUAACAAAAUGGCGGACGCUGCCGUUAUAAAAACGGUUGUAGAAAAUAUGUGUGUGAACAAGUUAGCCACCACAGAUCCGCAUCAGUGCGGACCUUAUGUAACACAACACUAUAGUCUUUUAUUCAUUCUUGCUGGUUUCACCUUCUUUCUCUCUUGCCGCUCCUUUACGUUUGUUAUGCUUAUGGCAGGCGGACGUAGCGUGUGUGAUGGAAGGCUAACGCAGCUCCAGUGGUCAGCUUCCGACAUUACCGGGUUUACUCCGGCUUUAGACGUGAAUGAAUGAGGAGCUAACUUAGUCCGACCACCCUGGUAUGUCUAACGUGUUUGCGGCAUCAUUUUGCACUCUGAUGCUCUGUGUUAUGCAUCACAUCUGUCAUCAUUUUGCUCCUGGAGGUGGGGGAUGGUGCAUGUAGUGGAAAUUAAAUCAGGCACUACCGUCCACACCACUGUUUACAUCUCUGCAGCCUCCGGUCCUUGUGUGUUUUUCUUUUUGUGUUAGUGACAGGGAGAGGGGUUUGUCGCAUAUUGUCUCUCGCUUUCAUCUCCACGAUGAUGAGAAUAAUACUAACUUGGCUCACAUGGGUUCAACAUUUGAUAGCUGGAGUAGUGAUGCAGUCACAGCAAUUAUGUUACCGGUCAUUUCACUCAGUCCUUUGCCGCAGACACAAGCUGCCCCUGCAAAAAAUGUGUCUUCUACAUCGGUCUUUAGGCUCUCCUCUUUAGUGAGGGAAGUGCAGGUUUCAUAGCAGGUGCCAUUGAAUUAUAUGAUCAUAGGAGUAAAACGUAAAUCAAAAUCAUUGACAGACAUAUUGGUCAGUAAGUGCUUGGACAUAAAACAUAAGCAUAUUCUCAUGGACAUAUGUAGGCUUUUUGAGAAGGGGGUACUAUGAAGAGUUACUCUACUGUCAGAACUGAUUUUAUAAAUAUGUUGAAUGAAUUAUUCACUAAUGUUGUGUUUCAGAUGCUAGAUUUUAGUUGUAAGUGGUUAACAGUUUUGAAAUCGCACCCAAGAUCAAGUUUUGAUACAAACCCACUUUUGGUAGAUAACUGCUACCAAAACAAAAACAUCAAGAAGACGCUGUAUUAAGAGGUCUGAAGUCUUCUGAGAUGAAUGCAUGAAUUAGCUGUUGGGGUGACACUCACGUUGCAGAAGUUGUGCAUCACUGGGCCAGUGGACUGUCUACCAUGUGAAUCACAUGAUGUCAAAUUAACAAUAGGCAUGCUAUAUUUUUGCCCUGCAAGGGGAUAAUGGCUUAUUGUUUCCCAGACUCUUGUUAAUGGGUGCACACCUUUAACAUUAAAUCCAGUAUUUUAGAUGUCAUCAUAAAAUCACUGUUGUAUACCAUUGUGUCUCUAAACAAGGACGGCAUCAUUAUCUUUAUAUUUAAAUCUCAUAUUUCAAAUAAACUAAUACAUGAAAAACAAAUAUAUGACACAUUACUUUUGCUUGAGAUGGUACCUAUUCUCUUCCUCUUUCUUUUUCUCAGUUCACCAGUCAUCUAUUCAUAACGCUUUUGAAUUUUUGAACUUUUUUUUUUUUUUUUUUUUUUUUGUGAAGAAAAUUGACUUGUUUUUGUGUUAUUCACGUAUUAAUGUGAGAAUCAGAUUGAAAAGAAUUGCUGUUAGGUAAAAAAAAAAAAAGUGAGAGCAUGUAGUGACGGACUAACUAAAGUACGUAGGGGAAGAUUUACACAAUAAAUACUAUAAUUAUCCGUUCAUUACCAUUCUUUAUUUGUUGUGAAGAUUUGCUUUCAUAUGGUUCGAUCACUAAAGGUUAAAGCUCUACUGUUUGUUUUCAGCUCUCCAGUAACAAAUGCAGUGCGAGGACAAUGGAUGAGGAUGUCACCAGGCUUGCCAUACAUUCAGAAGAGCCUAAAAUAAUUUUGCACGGAUCGGGUAAAUACUCAUCAUUAUACUCCUGUGCUUUGUUGUAUGCAUGGUUUCUGAUAAAUAACAGGAUGUUGCACAUUGUCAGUUGAAAAUAAGAGAUAAAAUUCAAUCCACAUAAAACAAACUGCUCCCAUUGACGGCUGUUCACUGAGCUCUCCUGUUUCUUUCAGAUGAGGGAGGUGCCGGCGGGCAGGAGUUUGUUGUGGAGCUUCAAGAGACUGUGUUGGUGUCGGAAGGCGAAGGGGAAGGCAUGGCAGUUCACAGGUUUGCCCCAGAUGAGCUAGUCAUCCAGGACGCUGUGGAGGAUGUGGUUUCUGAGUAUGUGCACUGUGAUGAGGAUGAAGAUGUCGCUGUGGAAACCUGCGUGAUGGCCCUGGAGGGUGAGGAGGAAGGUGUUGCCAUGGGAGACAUCCCUGAAGAUGGGCUGGACCCAGAGCAGCAGGAUGAUGACCAAGAUGGCUGUGGAGAUUAUCUGAUGAUAUCCUGUAAGUUUACUGCCCUGGGGGCUUGGACUGCAUUUAGCUGACCUGGUGUUUCUUUGAAGAAGAUACUUUGGUUAAUUUUGCAUCUUUAAAAUUUUGAGAAGGAACCUGUCGAUGUCAAAGAGUUCAAACAACUGAAAGCAGUUUCUCUCAUGUUGCUAAAUCCCUUGGAAGUGGUUUGGGACUUAAAGGUUAAUCGAGAAAAAAUUUGAAGUAGCAUUAUGGCAAGAGUAAUGUGUAAAUCAAAGAAGCUGUAAGUGGUUCAAGCAAUAUUUUGGAGGCUGAACUGCCUUUUUUUUUUUUUUUUUAUCGAAUUUACCAAAAUAAGAACAUUAAACUUAGGAGCCUGCAAAUCUUCUUCAGACGUAAGAGCACAUGGUUUGUUGUUUCAAAUCCCAACAAAUCUCACAUUAUUGCGAGUUUAUGGUGUCAAUGACAGCGGAAAAAAACUGGAACCAUAUCAGUUUGGCUAGCAAAUGCUAAAAACUAUCCUUAGCCCUCAAAAAUAUACUGAUUAACCUGCCGAUGUCCACCGAGGAUUGCACAAGAAGUUCUGCAGACUGAUGCAGUGAAGCGAGAACUGUUUGAUAUCACAACAUCAUUCACAUUAUGUGAUAUAAUCUUUUUUUUUAUCAAAAGUUAAAUGCCAUUCAUAUUUGGCAUAUACUGUAACUGAAGAAAUUUGAAAUGACAAGUGAAGAUUUAGCCUUAAAAGGGUUAUAUGUACAAGUACAGUCAUGGUCUUGAAGCAAGAAUUACAACCACAAAAAGCUGUGUUACUUUUUGCUGACUUAUUUUCUUGUUGCCCUGUCUGUACAAAAUAAUGAAUGUUGUUACUGCUGACAUUAUUCUCACUGCCUUUUUAACGCUUGAGCAAACAUGAAAUUUUGAAUAUCACCUCACUCUGUUGCAUAGAUAUCACAAGAUUGUAGCUUUAAAUUGCAACAGUUGUGCAACAUCAACUCUGGCACUGUAGCACCGAGAUUAACACUGUCAGCUUCAUAUGGCUUUUACCUCUUCAGUCUAAGAAGAUGUUAUAUUUCCCCCUAACUAGUGGACGAGGCUGGGAAAAUGGUGUCUGAGGAUGGGACAGAGGUCACAGUGGAGGGAGCUGUGGAGGAUCAGGAGGUGGAGAAGGAUGAGGAUGGGCAGGAGGUGAUAAAGGUGUAUAUCUUCAAGGCAGACUCUGGGGAGGAUGACAUGGGUGAGUAGCAGUUAGGUUUCAACCUCUGUUAGAAAAAGUGAAGGGUCAAGUAACUGCCUGAUUGCUUGUGAUAACAGUUUAUUUAGAUAGUCUCAAAACGUACUCAAACAUUUAACAAAUAUUAUCUUGUGCUGUUGGCAGAACUGAAGAAAUGAGAUUUUGCAACAAAAUGGACAUUUUUUUUCUGUCAGAACUCUCAGCUGCUGGCUUCAGUACUUAAAAUGUGUAGGGGAUGUUUUAAGGCUCAGCUCUCCACAGUUUCACUAAGAGGGUUAUAUUUUUGAAUAUUUUGCAGGGGAGUCAGUGGACAUCAGUGAUGGAGACACAGAGAGCAUGGCGCUAACAGAGUCUUCAGGCCAAACGUUAAGAGAGAAGAUGGUUUACAUGUCUGUUGGAGAUCCUCACCACAAUCAAGGACAUCAUGGUGAGCUAUUUUGAUUAGACAAGUGGAGUAGAGUGUCUUGAAAUAAACAUCCCAAGUUAUCGGUUUUGUGCAUGACAGUCAGGUCUAAUCUGUUGGUGAGUAAAAAGUGGGUUAAACUGUAAAGGUUCAUAUGGAAGUGGUGGCUAAAGCUGAAAAGCCACUGACUCACCAUCACUCAAAGGACUGUGUGUCUGAACAAGGAGUUCAUGUCUGCAGCAUGGACUGCAUGAGUUGUAUUUGAAUUUAUUUUUUGAUUGUCCCGCAGGUGUCGACGACAGUGAGAGUUGUGAGAACCGAAACGGUGCAGCAAGCGCUCUGCUGCACAUCGAUGAAUCUGAUGGGAUGGAUGAUAUCAACAGACAACGCAACAAGAACAAAAGGCGGUCAGAGCCCCGCCAGGUACAGACGGGUAAGAAAAUCACAAAGUUCUCUGAUAUGAAAGAUUCCUUCAUGGUCUGGAUUCUCUUUCAUUUACUGCUAGUUAAUGAAAUUAGAGUUAUAUGCAAAUGAGAAGAAGUAGCGGAAACAACAAUUUUAAUUUCCUAUUUUUUUCCCCUCCACAGCCAUUAUCAUCGGUCCAUACGGUCAGCCUCUUACAGUUUACCCCUGCAUGCUUUGUGGCAAGAAGUUCAAGUCGAGAGGUUUCCUGAAACGGCACACCAAGAACCAUCACCAGGAUGUUCUGACGAGAAAAAAGUAUCAGUGCACAGACUGUGACUUCACCACCAACAAGAAGGCGAGCCUGCACAACCACAUGGAGGUGCAUGCGCUUAGCAGCAAGGCUCCGUUCGAGUGCGAAAUGUGUGGCAAGGAGUUCCAUCAGCAGGCGGCGCUGUUCUCCCACAGACUGCAGCACCACCACAGAGAGCCCAAGAACCAGCCGCCCCCGCCGCCCACUAAAAUGCAUAAAUGCAAGUUCUGUGACUAUGAAACUGCUGAGCAAGGACUGCUCAAUCGACACUUGUUGGCUGUCCACAGCAAAAGCUUCCCUCACAUCUGUGUGGAGUGUGGAAAAGGCUUCAGACACCCCUCAGAGCUGAAGAAACACAUGCGCACGCACACCGGCGAGAAGCCUUACUCCUGCCUGUACUGCGACUACAAGUCAGCCGACUCCUCUAAUCUCAAGACGCACAUCAAGACUAAGCAUAGCAAGGAGAUGCCAUACAAGUGUGAGCGCUGCUUCCAGACCUUUACAGAGGAGGAGGAGUUAAUGCAGCACGGACUGACACAUGAGGAGAAUAAGACCCACCAUUGUGCCCACUGUGAUCACAAAAGUUCCAACUCCAGUGACCUAAAGCGCCAUAUCAUAUCGGUUCACACCAAGGACUAUCCACACAAAUGUGCCAUCUGUGGUAAAGGCUUCCACCGGCCAUCUGAACUGAAGAAGCAUUCAGUCUCUCACCGCACCAAGAAACUCCACCAGUGCCGGCACUGCAACUUUAAGAUUGCAGACCCUUUUGUUCUCAGUCGUCAUAUCUUGUCGGUCCACACAAAAGAGCAACAGGCCUCUCCUGAAAAGAGCGAGGCCAAGAGGACAGAGACACACACUCCUGCUGCGGCACCUAAAAAGUCCGCGCCGAGCGGGUCGAGCAGCUCGGGCCCGCCUGGCAGAGUCAGUGCAGCCAGCUUAGCCAGCAGCGUGACUGUAGUUAUCGGUAAAGGACAAAAGGAGAGACGAAUCUACCAGUGCCAGUACUGCGACUACAGCACCGGAGACGCCUCGGGUUUCAAACGACACGUCAUUUCCAUCCACACAAAAGACUAUCCACACCGAUGCGAGAUCUGUUCGAAAGGCUUCAGACGACCCUCAGAGAAGAACCAGCAUAUCAUGCGUCACCACAAAGACGUGGUGCAGACAGAGUGACUGAGCCAAAUACUGUGCCACAACAACGAACAAUAUCAUAGCGACCAUCACACCCCAAUCACUGCACCCUCAGCGCGGCACCGCCACGUUACAGUGUUAACGUGGUGUGCGUGCGCGCUGCACUUAGCCCAUUUUGUUGUUUUGCUCUUUUUGAUCCUCAGCCUAAUGUUUGCUCCGAAACAUAAACACAUGUACAUAACAUUAACACUCUGUAAGAGUUAGCAACAAAAUCCCUCCGUAGACUUGCACUUUGAACUGCAUGUCCCUUGCUGGUGACAGUGUGCAUGGCAGAUUGUGCAGGUGUCUCUUUGUAGAUAAACAUCUUUUUAAGUUUGCAAGCAGCAAUCAGUUAUGAGUCACAAUGGUCCUAAUUAAUACAGAACUGAAGCUCAUUUUGCAAAAAGUUUGUGUCAUUUGUUAAAAGUGUACUAAACAAAGCAGUAUGGAUUAGCAACCUGUUCGCAGUAGCACUUACCAUCCUGGUAAAGAUCAUGAUGAAUGCAGUACUCAAGUCAUGCGUGUGUGUGUGUGUGUGUGUGUGUGUGUGUGUGUGUGUUUGCGUGAGUGAAAGAAAGAGAGAGUGGUGUGUGUCAGAGAGAGAGAGAGAGAGAGAGUGAAUGACAAAAAAAAGAAAAGCAUCUUUUUUUGCUUCUUGGUGCUUCAGACCCCACUUCUCUGUAUCAUAGUGCUUGUUGAGUUGACAGGAUCACAUGACUGGCUGUGUACAGCACCCAGAGAAAACAAUCUUCCUCGGCUUUGUAAAUGGGGUCUACCAUCAUGAAAUGACCACAACAUACACAGUAAAGUAGUGGAUGUGUGUCAUGGUAGUAAAUCAAGUUCAUAUGCACCUUUUUAUCACGAUCAUUACCUGAUUGCUUGAUCAUCAAAUACCUGUCUGAUAUAUCAGUUCUCUCAUCAGUAAAUGUACUGUACGUUUUUCAGAGUUGGUUCCUGAAGCAGUAGAGAGGAAGCCCUGACUGACAGUAUUUUUAACCCAUUAAUUCCACCUGGAGUUUAACUUAAUGUUAAUUAGAAAAAUUGAAUAACUUUGGAUGAGAAAAACAUGUAUUCAACAUUACUAAUGACUUAAAAGAAACCUGAUUUGAUCUAAUAUUAGUUUAAUCACCUGUAUGACGCUGAUUUUUGACUGGGUUUAGAAAAAAAACAGGUUCACAUCAGUAUCCCAGUCUGCCUGUCUGAUCUAAAUAGAAAUCAAUUCAGUAUAUUUGGUGCUGCUGCUCACAGACUAUAGACUGAACUCUUUGUCCCCCUCCUUCACACAGAUGUACUUUUACCAGUAGAAAGGGAAAAUUAUAUCUUUUUAGACGCAUCUUCAGAGGACAGGUGCUGGUGGUGUACUUGUACUAAGGCUUUUUACUUUUUUUUGUUAUCACCCGUGAUUAUUUCUGUUUUUAUAUUUAUUUCAUUUACAAGUUGUUGUAUAGUUAAGUGUAACUAGACUUCUAUGGGACGUAAAUUAUUGUUUUGUAUACAAAUCUGUACAAAGCGUGUAGAUGUAAACACUUGAUAAAAGGAAAUCUGAACUGUGUUGUUAUGGAUGUACUUCAGCGUAUUUGUUAAAAAAGGUAAUAAAAAGCAAAGUAUUUUAACUGUUG